UCACCCCCCCAUCCAAAUAAAGAAGAGGAAGGAGGAACGGACGAGAACAUCGGAGCACUGGACUUAGCAGAGAACCGUGUGUUCCAGAAGUGCGGUAGCGUUGCUAGGACUUAUACCGGGAGCGUUGCCAUGGCAUCAAAUAGCAUCUUUGAAUCCAUGUCAUCCUACCAGCCAUGCUUCAUCAGGGACCCAGCACCUGGUCGGCGCUUCACCCCCCCUUCCACCACCCUGUUGUCAGGUAAGAUGAGUGAGGGUCUGCCCCUGGGUGCCCAGGAGAGCAGUAGCGCCGCCCUGGUGGGAAAGCUGCAUAUUGCAGACCGAGGCAUGGUGGAGGUGCUGUCAGAUCACCCUGGAGAACUGGUGAGGACAGACAGCCCCAACUUCAUCUGUUCUGUCCUACCCACACACUGGAGGUGCAACAAGACGCUGCCCAUCGCAUUCAAGGUGGUUGCCCUUGGUGAUAUCCCUGACGGUACCUUGGUCACGGUGAUGGCAGGGAACGAUGAGAACUACUCAGCAGAGCUCCGCAACGCCACGGCCGCCCUCAAGAACCAGGUGGCUCGCUUCAACGACCUGCGCUUCGUAGGCCGCAGCGGACGAGGGAAGAGUUUCACUCUGACCAUCACGGUGUUCACCAACCCUCCCCAGGUGGCCACCUACCAGAGAGCUAUCAAGAUCACCGUGGACGGGCCCAGAGAACCACGCCGCCACAGACAGAAGCUGGAGGAUGUGAAGACGGGAGCAUUGGCCUUCUCCGAGCGUCUGAGUGAGCUGGAGCAGCUAAGGCGGAGCUCCAUGAGGGUCACGCCCCCUCACCAUCAUCACCACCACGCCCCCACUCCCAAUCCCCGGCCCGCCCUGAACCCGGCCCAGUUCAGCAACCCCACACACCACACACAGAUACCAG